AUGGUAAAACUAUAUCUCGAACUGCCUCCGCAAACCGAAAAGGCUAAGGAAGACUUCGAAGAAAUAUUUCAUUCGAUAUAUAGGGGGAAGGGUGUCGGUAAUGUUACCCAUGCUGAAGACUACCGCUGUAAUUGUAAAUACAGAGUUGGUAGAGAUAAUAUCGAUAAAGCUUGCGGUGAAACAGCUGGGUGUGUGAAUCGUGAAUUAUAUAUUGAAUGUAUCGAAGGAGACUGUCCAUGUGGGCAGUAUUGUCAAAACAGAAGAUUCCAAAAAGCGGAAAACUCCAAUGUAGAUGUUAUAUAUUUACCGUUAAAGGGCUACGGAAUAAGAGCAACGGGACCUUUAAAGAAAAAUCAAUUCAUCAUGGAAUAUCUCGGGGAGGUAAUUAAAUACGACGUUUUUCAGAAGCGAAUGAGGAGGUACAACGAAGAAGGACUCCAACAUUUUUACUUCAUGUCAUUACAAGCUGGUGAAAUAAUUGAUGCCACAGAUAAAGGAUGCAUUGCUCGUUUUAUGAAUCACUCAUGUGCUCCAAACUGUUACAUUCAGAAAUGGAUGGUUGGAGAAAAGUACAGAAUUGGCAUAUUCACUCUCAGGGAUAUUGAGAAUGGUGAAGAACUAACAUUUGAUUAUAAUGCUGACCGAUAUGGAUCAGAAGCUCAAGCGUGUCAUUGUGGCGAGCCUCAAUGUCGUGGUAUAAUUGGUGGAACUCGAGAGACAAGCAACAAUAUUCGUUCACAAGAAACUACACAGGCAAAUCUAUCGAAACCUAUCGAGAGUGUCGACGACGUUCUACAGUUUAUUGGACUUAUGUUAAAAUCAGUCGAGAAACCAGAAAUGGUUCCUGGACUCUUAAACCGACUACAAAUGACUAAUGAUGAACCAAUACUCAAGAUGUUUAUGAAACUUCAUGGGUCAAUAAUGCUUAAAACUUAUAUUAGAGAGCACCAAGACCAACCUGAAAUACUCAUGAAAUCACUUGAGAUUGCUGGCAGAUUGCCAUAUAAAUAUCAAAAUCGACGCGUCGAAUCAUCUCAUCUAAAAGAAUGGGUAGAGAGAACGUCUUCGCGAGAGGAUGAUGUUGGAAAGAUGUGUAAAGUUGUUCUCGAAAAGUGGAACAAUCUUCCUGAAUACUAUAAGAUUCCGAAGUAUAGUGAAAGAGGUUUAGAACCUCCAAAUUUUGUUAAACCGGUAGAUCCGGAUUCAUUGAAUGCUACGAAAGGAGUCAAAAAAGCCACCGAUAUCAAGAAAACCAUCAAUGUUACGGAUACUAGCGAUACCGAGAGUUCCACAGAGAAAGAAAAAGGAAAAGAAAUUGAAGUUUCGAAAGAUGAGCCGGAGGAAAAAGUUGAAUCAGUACCGGAAUACGAAUACUAUAAUUAUGAGUGCAGUCAUGACUACUACGUUCGCUUCGCGGAUAGCCACUUCCCAUUUCAACAUAUGUCGCAGUUAGAUUACUGGACCAAUCAAGGUCUCGGUCCAUACAAAUCAUUUCGAAAUGACAGAAGUGACCGAAGUGAUGGCGAACCAGGGUCCUCCAAGUACUGGCGAAAUCGAAAUUAUCGAUACAACAAUGGUCAUCAACGUUCAUCACAACCUGCACCACCACCACCUAAGGAACCCGAAUUACCACCACUUGCUCCUAAUUGGUUUGAGGCAAAAGAUGAGUACGGUCACACAUACUACUAUAACAAGUAUACAAAGGAAACAUCAUGGGAGAGGCCCGUCGUAAAGGACGACAUGAAGACAAUUGACGGGUUCUCAAAGGCAGAAAUUCAAGGUGUGAUCGAACGCGCCGAGGCCUUGGCUAAGAAGGCUGAAAAGGAGAGGGAGCGGGCUCUUCGGGAGAAGCAGGAGAGCAUGAAAGUGGGAAGUGAUCAGACAUUAGGGGCGACCGGACUCUCUGAGUCUGACUUUAAAAGUUCAAUAAAAUUAAUUGUCAUCGAUUACUGCAGCCGUUUCAAGCGACAUGUGGAUGUCCCAACAUUUAAGAAGAUGGCCCGCGAUUGUGCACAUAUCGUCGUCGAAAAGGAAUUGAGAAGAAGUGAAUGGGUUGGCAAGGACACGUUCACGUUGUCCGAGGACACAAAGUCCCGAAUUAAAAAUUUCACGAUUGAAAGGAUGAAGCGUAUAGUGGCCCAAAUGAAAUUUGAGACUGAAUCAAACAAAAGCCACCCUGAAGUUGAAUCCUCUUCGUCAGCCGCAAAAAGAAAACGAACCGAUGACGGAGAAGAAGAUCGUGAUCGUGAUGAGAAGCGACUAAGACAUGAAAAUAGUUCAAGUUCUCAUAAACCUAAUGGACAAAAGCCAACUGAUGAAGAGCGGGGACUAAAACGUAAACGCGAUUCUGAUGACGAUAAUGGACGUAAUCGAAAAGUAGCCAAGCAGUGA